UGUCGUUCACGAAGUACACACGGAGACGGCGGGGCUGUGCUUCAGUUGCCAGUGCGUUCUCUCAGUCGCACAGCUCUGCGAUGCCGUCCCGCUUCUGCAGCCACAUGCCUGCCGACUCGCGGGCUACACACACACACCACACAAGACACGACACGCAGACAGGUUGCCAAUGGUUGGUGUGUAUAUGGGCGUCUCUCUGUGCGUGUCUGUCUGUCUGCCUGCCUGACUGACUGACUGACCGUGUUCGAGCAGGUCAUCGGCCUUUGAUGUGUCCACCCCGAUCAUCUUCUUGACCUGCUCAAGCAGCUCCUGCACGCAUACAUGCGGCACAUACAGGUCAAUACUUCGCCACAUCCGUGCAUUCACUGCUGUCUGCAUACCCGUCUGGGGAGUUCGUAUAUGCCCUGUCGCUUGUACUGAGAGAUGAUCUGCUGAACCAUACCCAACCUAAGGGACACACAGAGACAGAGUGAAAUGCGGGCGUGUGUGGGUGUGUCUCUGUGUUUCCCUCCUCCCUCAUACUGUGCGCCGAGUCCCUUGCCACGCCGAGUGCGGCCCGUGUCCGUCUUGUGCACCUGCACACACACACAGACCAUAGCAAAGGACAGAAGAGACACCGAUAGACACAACGCCUCAAUGGAUGCAUGUAUGCGUGUACGCCGGUGUUGGCAAGACUGCCGUCUCCUGACCUGUGCGAUGGGUUCGUUGUGUGUGAGUGCUGUCUGGGAGAAGAUCUCAAUGACGUCGCGAACAUGGCCGGCGCGCACCUCUUCACACAGAUCGGCACGAGCACGGGCCUGCAAGUGAGAGAGAUGGAGACAGAGACAAGUACGGGUGGGUGUAAUGGCUGCUGUGUGGUUGGCCCUGCCUGCCUGUGAGAGUCUGAUGAGGGCCUCCAGCUGACGAGUGGUCACUGGCAAGGUGCCUGAAACACCGAAACGGAGAAACACGAUGCAAAUGGACGAGACACUGUGUUCCAGCCCGCCCUCCCGACCAGAUUGGCUGUGGUGGUCGCGCCUCAGCUUCAGGAAGUGGUUGCGAACGAGACGAUACGCACCCUCCGUCAUCCUGCACACACACAGAGCGAGCGGGCCUUCCCUUGCCUCCUCUGCGCGUGGGCCGAUACACGCACUUGGGGUGCACGAAGCUUCUGGCGUAUCUGACGUAUGUCUGGAAGAGGGCGGCCGGCAGCAGAUUGGCGGCGUUCUUCUCCUGCUGCCUGCACCGGGCCUCCAGGGAGGCGUCCUCAGCCGAGCCGUCGCCGUCAGCGAUGGCCAAGGCGCCCAUACCGCCCCGCAGCUGAACACACCAUGGAUGCACACAUCCUUGAUGGGUGGAGACCCCUCUCUCUCUCUCUGUGGUGGGUUCGUUACUUACCUUCAUGACGUGAUGGGACAGCUGAGUGGUGUCGUGAUGGGCGUGGGCCUCGUCCCUGAUGGAUGGCAGGAGAGGUGAGAGUGGGGAUGUGUGUGUGUGAGAGAGGGCGAUGCCUACAUGAGUAUGAAGAGCAGGUCAAAUCGGCUCAGCAGGGCGUGCGACAUCUUCAGGUUCUCACCCACUGUCUUGGCCAUCCUGCCAAACACACAUACGCCCCAGGGGUGCAUAUCGUGUGCAGUGAUACGUGCAUCCGUACUGGUAUUUGCCCUCCUUUGGGUUUGCCGCCGCGCACACGGACGCCCUUGCGCAGAGAGUGCAGACGAUGCCGGCCUUGGCCACAGACACCGUCUGCUGCUCCAUCGCCUCCAACAACGCUUGCUGAUCGACACACAGAGGAUACAGCCCACCGACCCAUCCCCAGGUGUGUGUUGGUCACCCACCCACCCACCUGUUCUGUCCCGAGUUUGUCUAGUUCGUCGAUGCAGCAUAUGCCCUGGUCGGCGAGCACCAGCGCCCCCGCCUCAAGGGCAAAGUCGCCCGAGCCGGCCUCCUUGAUGACCGACGCCGUCAGACCGGACGUGGACGACGCCUUGCCACUCACAUACACACCUGCAGAGAGACAAAACGACGUGCACACACACACAUAUCGGGGGAGGGGGGCUCUGUUCUGUGUCCACACCUCUGUCACUGAGGUUUGCGACGGACCGCAAUAGGCGCGACUUGCCCAGGCCUGGGUCACCUGCACGACAACAUGAUUCAGACAGCCAUCGAUGGAUGGAUGGAUGGACGUGGGAGUGUUUUGUGUGUCGGUCUCGUCACUGACCGACGAGUAGGCAGUGAAUGUCGCCCCUCUUGCGGAGUCCCUUGCCGUCAUCCGUCAGCUCCGCCACGCCGCCCAGAAGACACAGCACCAAACCAGCUGGACAAAACAACACCAAACAGCACCAUGGAUGGCCCAACAAGGAUCGCACGUGUGUGUGUGUGUGUGUGUGUGGACAUUUGACGAGUUGUUUGCCGAAUAUGGACGGACACAGCGACGCCACCAGCAGCUCGAACCGAUGCGGCUCCUCGUAGAUCUCGCGGAUGAACUGAAACGACUGCAGCACACAUGGACAGGACCACAACACGUACAAAAUCCAGCACCGCAACCCCCCUCCCCCUGACCCACCUUCUCUGUCCACACAUCCUUCUGAUCUGCGAUGUCAUCCGUCAGGUCGAUCACCUCACCACCACCAACGCCAUCAGCACCACCUGGCUGGGAGGCGCGGCGCCGCUGCUUCGCCUGAUUCUCGCGCUCGUAGUCCUGCAUACACCCAACAACACCACACAUGCCGACCCACGAACGCUCUGGUGUUUUCGUGUGGGUGGUUGGGUCAGCUGACGAGGCAGAAUGUGUCUGCGAUUGGCGGGGCUUUGGCGUUGCGGCCGACGCCGAGUGGCAGCUUGAGGCCCUUGGUCUCUCGCGCCUGCUGGGCGUGGAUGAUGGAACACACGUCAAUGUAAAAGACAAAGUCAGCCUGGCGGGCAUUCGGACGACCUGAACAGAAAGGACACGUGGGCGUGGUUGGAUGGGUGUGUUGGUUGGGAGGGGAGGGAAGGGGUACUAACCGAAUGGCUGCAGUUGCCCGGCCGCGACUGUGUUGCCCUUGACGAUGCCGCACACCGUCACCACAUCACCCGGCACACACAGAUCCACCAAGCCGUACCUCAACUGCACACGCCACACACCAACACCACAGAGAAACGUACAUGGACCCUUCCAUCCUCCCAUCUGCCUUGUGGCUUACCUCACAGUCGACGGUGAGAGGUUGCCGCCCCGCCCCGCCCGUCGGCCCCGCUGCCACCGCAGCACCAGCACGACUGACGCCUGCAGAGGCUGCGGCCUGCGAUGGCGCCACCCCUCCUGCCAUGCUCACUCCGUCGUCUGCCGCGUCCAUGCCGCCCCCUCCCCCCUGCUGGCGGCUCUCGAGGAAGCUCGUCAGAUCACACAUCUCCUCCUGCAACCUGAGCCGAAAGGAUAACCGAGUGUGGGGCGGGAUUGUUGUGUCCGUGUGUCGUGUGUGCCAUGCCACCCACCGUAUUUGCUGCCAGCCGAUGGAGUCGGUGUCAGUGAGCUCGGGCGCGAACCAGCGGCCGUAACACUUGUCGGUGGGGCAGUUGGUGGGCGGGUCGUAUCUGACGUGAAUGAAUGACACACACACCGACACACAUGGAUGGAUGGAUGGAUGGGCUGGUUCGUUCGGUCUGUCUGUCGUCUUGUGUGCUGACUUUCCGUUGUCCGAGAUCUUGCGUAUUCUGGCGCAGCACUUGUUGCACGUGUAUGUGACGGCCGAGAGGAGCGGUUUGGAGCUCCACACGCGCACCACACUGCCCCUGACGGCCACGAACCGCCCCAGCUGACCCGACCGCAGAUCCUCCAGCUUCAGCAGCGGCUUGUAGUUGUACACGCGAACCUGACCACACAUGCAUGACACAUCGAAUCGCUUGACAUCUCCCGUCCCCUCCCCCUUGGGGUGUGUUUGUCCCUCACCUCCACUUUCUUGGUCCUGGAGAUCCACUUGACCCUGGCCUCCUCAUCCAUCCCGUCAAUCGUCCCAUAGUCCACCCGCCCACGCCCUCCCACUAUCACGUACCCAUCAUCAUCACUGCCCCCGCCCUGCCCCUGGCCUGGGCCGUUGCCACUGCCAUUGCAAUUGUCAGUGUGGUCCAUGAUGAGCCAGUGGAGUGCGCACGCCAUGCGCUGCAGGUAGGUCUCGGGCUGCUCGGCGAACCAGUGCUCGAACUGGUGAGGGGCGCUGCGGGCACACAGGGCCUGGUAGUCGAAGUAGUGCUCAUACGACACCUUGAGAGUUUCCUGAAGCAUGACACACAGCCAGCCAUUGCCGGUGCAACCAUUUCAACGAUGCCAUUGCUGCGUCCCACGUACGAUGUCGAGUGUGCUGAGAUCUUGGAAGAAUCGUUUGAAGCCCUCCACCUCAGUGAGCAGCUGAGUGCCAUUGCUCAAGUCGGCGAAGUACAGCGGCAGUAACUUUGAGCCGCGGAGAUGGCUGCUGCGCGCACCUGACGGCGCAGGCGGUGCGGCGGGAGGGGGAGAGCCACCGAAACGCCGCAUUGCGAUGAAUCAAC